GGAACCGGCAAUUGAUUGGCAGGAUAAAGGACUGACCGGUAGUGAGCUUGGUACAUAGAAUAAAAGUGGCGCGCCCGGGCCCCAAUAUAUUAGCAAGAAAAACCUCGCCUCGUUGCUCCCAUCACUCUUUCCCCUCAACUCACACAAUCGCGGUAUGAGUGGCAGCCUGAGCACGAUGCAGCUCGCCGUCGGUAUGGGUCACGACGAACUCGAAGGUGCCCCUGGGUGGACGACGCUGCCGGGGACGACGGCGCCUACGCCGUACCCAAUGACGAGGCCAGCCACACAGGCCAACAAUCGCAACAAGAGGAUCUCCGAAGAGGGCUAUCGACUCGUUGAUGAAAUGUACAGACUCAACCCAUACCCAUCAACAAGCCAGAAGCGGGAGACCCUACAAAGGAUCCUGGCCCUGCCUGGCUGUGAGCAUUACAAGUUUGAAAACCUCAACCAGAGACUGGCCGCCCACCGGAAACGGGACGGGAUCACUGGGAGCGGGCCGUCGGUGAAGGCAAAGAGGGCGUCGUUGCCGAGGAACACCCACAUCGCGCCCAACCCCUCGUCGGCGGAGGAGAUAUUGUAUCCGUCGAUCGCGGGCCAAGAUGGCAUCAAGGCGGCGCUACACAUCCUCCUCAGAGAGUCUCCCAUUCCUACCCCGUAUGAAGUGACGCUAUGGGCGAAGCGACUCGGAUGCCACCUUGACGAUGUCCAGACGUGGAUUGACCAUCAGCGAGACAAGCUGCAAAAGGAAUCCUCGAAGCCAAUUGUGACCUCCCAACUACCCACUCCGGGAAGCUCCUGUUCUCCUGAACCCACAAGCCCAGUGCAACUACAAACACCGGUCAUGCAAGAGGUCCCGGCGCCUCCGAAGCUCGAGCGAGAGGACCAGACAGAGAGCAAAUCACGAACGACUCUUUUCUCGGGCGAGCAGUUUCGGGAUCUCGCGGAAAAAGUCCACGUCGCGAGAACCGACGCGGGUACACAGCCUUCCGCGGAAGACGCUGCCAGGGCUCUGGAGGAGCAUUCACAGAGAAUGACAGCCUUCCUGGAGAGAUAUGAAAGGGGAGACUAUGCUGCCAUCGGCUUGACUCCUCAAUUCUUGAGUCGAGGAGAUCAAAGCAUGACAGUCAAGUCUGAGCCAAUGGCUCAACCAACCUAAGAUUGCGACGACAUAUGUAACGACGCACCUCUCCUUUGCUUCGGCCGGCUGGGCUCUCUUUCAUGAUCGGAUUAGACACUGCACUUGAUAGAUAAUACUGUACACAUCAUGAGAUAUGUUACAUACCGCAUACUUUAUCUAGGCCCGUUUAAUGCACGACGCAUCUCCAU